AUGGACAGCAGCCACGAAGAACAGUGGAUGACCUUGCCGCUGUCAGAUCGAGCCGCAUCUCCAGACAUUGAGCCGAGCGUUCCUACAUGGUAUGAGCCUGAGCCAAUCCUCGAGCCGUCACUACAGUGGUUUAUGGACCUCUCAAGAUACCUUUUCAGCCUUGAGGAUCCCACAACACCGUCGAUACCAUGGAUUAUGGACUCUGCGGGUCUCAAAAGUCCUCCAGAGCCGUGCAUGUCGCCUCUUUUCGAGACAUCCAUCCUCGAAGACCUCUCAAAUCCUCCCACGCCCUCAUCCUCACGCACACGUGAGGCGCCAACGGGGCCACGCUUUGGUGACGAACCAAACCUUUCUCGCCGCAGGAGUAGCAGUCCAUAUGGAGUCUCCCUUCCGGAGCUUCUUGCCGAUUACACGACCUCUUCUGAUUCCAUAUUUCUCUCUCGCGCUAAGUGCCCCUUCAAGGAUGCAAAUCAACAGCGCGUUUUGCGACCCCUCGAGACUUUACGACACUAUCGGCAGCACUUCAAACGAUUUUUCUACCACUACGGGAAUUGUUCCCAGUCAACUCUAGAUCCACACAACCCCAACAAGCGUGGCUUUGCGACCUGCAAAGAUUGA